CGCAUCGCGCGCUACUGUGGCGAACAAAGUCUUACUGCUUGACGAGUUCCCCUCUGACCACCAAUCACUCGCCCUGGUUCGUGCCAUCAGCAAGAUGGGGGCUUUCCUUCGCUUUCACUCGCUCGCCGUUGCUGCUGCCCCAGGCCCAUGGUUUCCUGUUCCCACAAGCCUGGCUCUCGCUGAAGCCCUCCUCGAUGUUCCCUGGUCUCCUCUUUCGCUGCCGCGCCUGACAUGUCCUUUCGGUUCCUGACAACUGUGCGGGUCAUCACUUUGGAUCUCGACUGGGGAUGCAUGGCGGUCCUGUCCUACCACAUCUCGGGUUGAAAUCUGCUCAAGUCAACGACGUCGUUGACUCCUCGACUCGAUUGUUGGGUCGAAUCUCCUGUUACCUCUGAUCAUAUCGUGCUAUCUACGCUGAAACGUCCUGCAUUGGGAGAGUCCUAUUCAACUUCCUCCAUUCCACGAUAUAAAGCCAGACUCUCACCUAUCUGCGCGACUUUUUGGAACCACCUUUCAAACCCAACCCUCAAUUCCUUCGCGUAACACUCCUAGCGUUAGUCUAUCUACAGACACCAAAACACCAGUUACUAGCCCUCGCAGACAGAGGCGGCUACCUAGACGCCAAACUCUGGAUGUUGAGCCAAGAGGCGCAGAUGCGACCAGACUCUACAUAUGGAUCAUAUCUAUAGACUGUCUUGACUGGCUCACAAGCAUACAGAAGAGCAGGGAUACUCAGGACAUAUUUUGAUUCCUUGCGCAGAUGAGUGAUGGAUCACAGUCGGCGACGACACCCCUGGAUGGGUUCGACGCACACAGCAAUGCCCGGGACAUUGUCAAGUUGUUCCAGUGCUCACGGUGCUCCUUACCCCUCCGAGAGCCUAUGACCUUGCCAUGUGGCAAUGCCCUCUGCCGACCAUGCCUUCCACCUCUAUAUAAACGGGAGAACAUCACGUAUCCUAUUGUCGAGGGUCGAUCCGAAGGUUUCUUAUGUCCGUUCGAUGGCUGUGGCUCGGAACAUUCAAUCGGCGAUUGCGGGUUCGAUGUGACCUUGAACAAGAUCGGACAUAGUGUGAAGGCCUUCAUAUCAAGCUACAACACGAAAACCCCCCAAAUUCGGCUUUUGCUGGAAGAAAAGUUGAACAACACCGUCCCUGACGACAGUUCCCCCGAAGUUAUCCCUCGCUCGCGUGUGCUUUCAGGGGGUCGAAUCGCAGCGACGUUUGUUUUGGCCGAUAUGGGCGAGCUGAACUACCACUCCGACGUUGCCUAUACAUCUGUCGAUGCUAGCGACCCUGAUUCUGUACGAACUGCCGACGUGGCCGUUCUGGAAAAUCUGAGGGAAGCGAUCCGGGCCGAACUAGAAUGUCAGGUCUGCUACCAGAUCAUGCUGGACCCCUUGACAACCUCCUGCGGUCAUACUUUCUGUAGAAGGUGCUUUUGCCGGGCCAUGGAUCAUACCAAUCACUGUCCAAUGUGUCGUCGCUUACUACCCCUGGUCCACACCCAGCAGAUGACACCCAGCAACAAGAGAGUCACGCGUUUGAUACUACACCUGUUGCCUGAUCUUCUAGUGGCUAGAAAGGCCCUUGCCGCACAGGAAGACAUGGUUGAUGAAGAGACACAGUUACCGCUCUUUCCUUGUACAUUGGUAUAUCCCCAGAUGCCGACAUUUUUGCAUAUUUUCGAACCCCGCUACCGAUUAAUGGUCCGGCGAGUCCUGGAAAACGGCACACGCAAAUUUGGCAUGUUGUCAUACAAGCCACACAGCGAUUACCAGCACGGCGGGUCUCAUUGGCAGGAAUAUGGAACCGUCUUGUUUAUUGAACGAGUAGAAAUGCUGGCCGACGGUCGGAGCCUUUUGGAGACGAGAGGAUUGUACAAAUUCCGAGUCGUUGAGACCGGGAUGGUUGAUGGCUAUCUCACUGGUCGAAUACAACGCUUUGAUGACAUCAGUGUACACGAGGAGGAGGUGAUAGAGGCCCGGGAGACGAGUAUACCUGCCCAACCCGACGACGAGGAUAGCCUUGUCCGACUCUACCACUCGUCCACGCAGCAACUUCUGGAAUACGGACUGGAGUUUGUUCGCCAAGCUCAAGCGCGAUCAGCACGAUGGCUGCACCAACGGGUCCUUGCCGCAUACGGACAACCACCAGAGGAUGCAGCAACAUUCCCCUACUGGCUCGCGAGCGUCUUACCAAUUGCGGAGACGGAAAAGUAUGCCCUGCUACCGGCCUCGAGCGUGAGGGAACGAUUGAAAAUUACGGCCGGAUGGAUCCACCGACUUGAGCAAGCACGCUGUGAGUACGAAGCGGAGCUAGCCGCCAAAGCGCGAGAGCAACAGGAUCGACGUGAACCAGAGCCUGUCGAAGCCAUCGCAACUAAUCAAACCGCGCGGCUCGAACCUCGCCCAGUGACAGCACGCGAGGCCGAGGUUGUCGAGGCUGAAGCGCAUGAUUUUGAGAGUUCAGAGACUGAAGCUGGGACAACUGAAUCCCGUGAGAGUUGAGGUGGUAGACUUGUUGUGCACGAGUAGUGGCUUCAGGCUGGCAAGAGUGCCUGGGGGGAGCCAAUCUCCGGCAUUAGCUAACAUGCGCUGCUCGGGCACUCUCGCUGACACGCUCGUUUAUACCAGAACAAGACUUUGAAAACUAACUUCUUCCAAUUUGGACAGGCAUCAAUCAUCCUCCUGUAUCGUCUUAUGACUAGCUGUUUCUGCAGGCGUUAUGACGGUAGCCCUGUUCUUGUGCAUACUUUUUGCCCACGGACCACAUGUUAUGUCUGCAUCGAUCAUGGACGAAGGCGUUCACUUGGUUGGCCAUGUGGGUAGCAUCUCCAAGGCGUUAAUACUUACUGGUUGCAUGGUUCUUGUCGGCCUGAGGGUCAUGAUACCCCUUUUCUUUCUCCAAGAUGUGCGCCCUGGGGAGGAAUUGCUAUAGUUACAUGCGCGAGCAUAGCGAAUGUCACGAAAAUAGAUGAAGAGAAGAAAAGAGAAGCCCUAGCAAGCGCGAUUAUAUGUGGCAGAGAGUGCUAGAACUAAUCGGAGGUUGGAUUCAUAUUACACUAUAUGAGAUCCAUUUACAAAGAAACUAUCCGGGGACCCUUCUGGAAUUCGACCAGGCGUUCGGGAGGCUGAGCC